GGCCCGGGACGGGGUGUGGGACGAGCAAGCGGACAAGCCGAGGACUAGGUGGCCCGAAGCCUGAAGGGAGAGGGUAGGCCAUGGCACGGCGCACAGCCCUUGGGGCGACACCUAACACAGUCAGUGGAGACCCCGCCCGGUGGACACGCAGCGGCCCCCGUCCGGCAGCUGAUGGUCUAGGUCCUGGUUUCGUCGAGACUGCCCACACGUGAAGCGCCGUCAUGCCGCCCAAGGACGACCCCGAGACGGCCAAGCUCCGCAAGGAGCUCGAGGACCUCAUGAACAAGAUCAAGGACGAGCAGAAGAAGGUGGCCGACACGACCUUCGCGGACGCGUGCGCCUCCGUGGCGGACGCCCCCAAGGUGCGCAUGAUCACCCGGAAGAACCUCAAGGGCCACAUCAACAAGGUCAACUCGGUGCACUACAGCGGCGACAACAGGCACGCGGUCUCGGGGUCGCUGGACGGCAAACUCAUAAUCUGGGACACGUGGACGGGCAACAAGAUCCAGGUCAUCCCGCUGCGCUCCUCCUGGGUCAUGUCCGUCGCCUUCUCGCCGUCGGGGAACUUUGUCGCUUGUGGAGGCAUGGACAACAUGUGCACCGUGUACGACGUCAACAACAGGGACGCCACCGGCGCCGCCAAGAUCACCCGCGAGCUCAUGGGGUACGAGGGCUUCCUGUCUUCCUGCCGCUUCGUUGACGACAACCACCUCAUCACGGGCUCCGGUGACAUGAAAAUCACCCACUGGGACUUGGAGAAGAACGCCAAGAUCAUGGACUUCGAGGGCCACAACGGCGACGUGGUGUCCAUGUCACUGGCACCGGACAGCAACACGUACGUGACGGGGAGCGUGGACCAGAGCUGCAAACUGUGGGACACGCGCAGCAAGGACUGCAAGCAGGUCUUCUUCGGCCACACGGCUGAUGUGAACUGCGUGUGUUUUCACCCGAGCGGCCAGGCGUUCGGGACGGGCUCCGAGGACAAGACCGCCCGGCUCUACGACCUGCGCUCCGACCAGCAGGUGGCGCAGUACGCGCCGCCCAACGGCAACUCGGGCUUCACGUCGUGCGCGCUGUCCAGCUCGGGGAGGUUCAUCAUGUGCGGCUCCGACGACAACAGCGUCCACAUCUGGGACACCCUCAAGGUGCAGCACAACGGGCAACUGACCGGCCACGAGAACCGCAUCACGUCCAUCAGCAUGUCCCAGAACGGCAUGGCGCUGUGCAGCGCGUCCUGGGACAACAACGUGCGCGUGUGGGGGUGAGCGGCCCACCGAGGAAAUUGCAAACAAUCGCAAUAUUUUUUCAGCCAAACAACCGAAACAAGGGAAUUAUUAUCGCAAUUAUUAUCGCAUUAUUAUCGCAAACAUGACACGUUUAUUUUCAUUGAAACAGUGACGUAAGCAUUCUGCUUUUUGCUAGGUUUUGAUAGGCAGUCUGUAUUAUCUGUACUCUGGUUCAAGAACAAAAUCGAAAUAAAUUUCCGUCCAUACUCAGAUA